AUGGCAGCCGGCGGGGUGGGGCCCGCGCAGCACCAGGCGCCGAACGGCGCCUCCGGCAGCGUCAGCAACGGCAGUGCUGCCGCGGCCACGCCGCUGCACGGCUCGGCGGCCUCCACCGCCAACGGCGCCGCCGACGGGUACGACAGCGACGGCUACAGCUUCGCGCCCCCUACACCGUCAACGUUGUCAAUGUCCAUACCUCCUGAGCUUGCUGGAGCUAUUCCGUUAAUUGAUCGAUUCCAGGUGGAGGGCUUUCUCAAAGCAAUGCAAAAGCAGAUUCAUUCAGCUGGAAAACGCGGAUUUUUUUCUAAAAAGUCUGUUGGGCCACAAGCUCGUGAGAAGUUCACUUUGGAAGAUAUGUUGUGCUUUCAAAAGGAUCCUAUUCCAACUUCAUUACUAAAGAUAAGCAGUGACCUUGUAAGCCGCUCAAUUAAGUUGUUCCAUGUCAUACUAAAGUACAUGGGCAUCGAUUCACCAGCAAUAAUAAGUUUGGAGGAGAGAAUAGAACUUGUUGCGAAGCUCUACAAGCAUACGUUGAAGCGUUCUGAACUUCGAGAUGAACUCUUUGCACAGAUUUCAAAACAAACACGUAACAAUCCUGAUAGGGGUUGGUCAAUAAGAGCUUGGGAGCUUAUGUACUUGUGUGCAUCAUCCAUGCCACCAAGCAAAGAUAUUGGGGCAUACUUGUCUGAGUAUGUUCACUAUGUUGCCCACGGUGCCACAACUGAUUCUGAUGUUCGAGUUCUAGCACUGAACACACUAAAUGCAUUAAAGCGAUCAGUCAAGGCAGGUCCUAGGGUUACAAUUCCUGCACGGGAGGAAAUAGAAGCUCUUUUGACAAGCCGGAAGCUUACAACAAUUGUAUUUUUCUUGGACGAAACUUUUGAAGAAAUCACCUAUGAUAUGGCAACAACUGUUGCUGAUGCUGUUGAGGAACUUGCUGGCAUUAUCAAACUUUCAGUGUAUUCUAGUUUCAGCCUAUUUGAAUGCCGGAAGUUUGUUAACGGAUCAAAGUCUUCCGAGAGGAAUACAUUGGGUUGGAUGAUAACAAAUAUAUUGGCGACUUGCUAUCUGAAUUCAAAUCAGCUAAGGAUCGCAACAAAGGAGAAAUUCUUCAUUGCAAACUUGUAUUCAAGAAAGCGUCUCUUCCUUGAGUCGGAUGAGGCUGUGACUGAUCAAUGUUUGUUCAGCUAUCAUAUGUUCAGAAUAGAUCUAACAAAUAACAUUAUUCUGCAGUUGCAACAUGAUUACAUUUUGGGAAACUAUCCUGUCGGCAGGGAUGAUGCUUCACAACUCUCUGCUCUGCAAAUCUUGGUUGAGAUUGGAUACAUUGACAAUCCUGAGUCCUGUGUUGAAUGGAUAUCACUUUUAGAGAGAUUUCUUCCUAGACAAGUGGCGAUUACCAGAGCAAAGCGAGACUGGGAGCUUGACAUCAUUUCACGCUUUCAGUUAAUGGAACACUUAUCAAAGGAUGAUGCACGACAACAAUUUCUCAGAAUCUUAAGGACACUUCCAUAUGGGAACUCUGUUUUCUUCAGUGUUCGGAAGAUUGAUGAUCCAAUAGGAUUGCUACCUGGAAAAAUUAUUUUGGGAAUCAACAAACGAGGGGUUCACUUUUUCCGCCCGGUUCCCAAGGAAUAUCUUCAUUCUGCAGAACUAAGAGACAUUAUGCAAUUUGGUAGCAGCAAUACUGCUGUUUUCUUUAAAAUGCGAGUUGCUGGUGUUCUUCAUAUCUUUCAAUUUGAAACAAAGCAGGGCGAGGAAAUAUGUGUAGCACUUCAAACACAUAUAAACGACGUCAUGCUCCGCAGAUAUUCAAAAGCACGCUCUGCUAAUAGUGUGACAUCGCAAAAUGAUGUUAACCAAGCAUAUAAGCCACCAAAUAUCGAAAUGUAUGAGAAGCGUGUCCAAGAACUGACAAAAACAGUUGAGGAAUCUCAGAAGAAAGCAGAUCGGGCUGCCCUGAUGGAAAAAAGUAGACUUGAAACCAGAUUAACAAGUGGCCAGGGCCGUGAGAGAGAUACUUUGACAACUGUAGGCAGCGUCAAUAGUGACAUUGAGAUGCUUACUAAGCUUAAAGAGGAGUUGAAAUCAUACCAAAAGGAGCUUGAUGCAUCAAAAGAGGUCUCGAAGAAGCUAAUGUCGGAAAAGAAUCUUCUUGACCAGAAAGUUCAAAAGCUUGAAAGAAUGAAAAAUGAAGAGAAAAGCAUAAUGGAAAAGGUUUAUGUGGAUGAAUGUCGUAAAAUGAAAUCUCAGAUUGCUGAAUUGGAGCAGAAAUUGGAAGCUGCAACACGAUCCUUAAAUGUGGCUGAAUCAAAUCUUGCUGUAAGAAAUGCUGAGGUUGAUGGCUUGCAAAAUAGUCUGAAAGAACUUGAUGAGCUAAGAGAGUUCAAAGCGGAUGUUGACAGAAAGAACCAACAAACUGCUGAAAUUCUUAAAAGGCAAGGAGCACAAUUGGUGGAACUUGAGAAUGUUUAUAAGCAAGAACAGGUUCUGCGAAAGCGUUAUUAUAAUACAAUUGAAGAUAUGAAAGGAAAAAUAAGAGUUUUUUGUCGCUUGCGCCCUCUAAGCGAUAAGGAACGUUCUUUCGAGGAGAAAAAUAUAGUUUGUAGUCCUGAUGAAUUUACAAUUGCACAUCCUUGGAAAGAUGAAAAGUCGAAGCAACAUAUAUAUGAUCGUGUUUUUGAUGCAAACACAAGUCAAGAAGAAGUCUUUGAGGAUACUAAGUAUCUGGUACAGUCAGCUGUUGAUGGAUAUAAUGUUUGUAUAUUUGCGUAUGGCCAAACUGGUUCUGGGAAGACUUUCACUAUUUAUGGUUCAGAUAACAAUCCUGGUCUUACUCCAAGGGCCACAUCUGAACUUUUUAGGGUGAUAAAGCGCGAUAGUAACAAAUAUUCAUUUUCUUUGAAGGCAUAUAUGGUGGAGCUUUAUCAAGAUAAUCUUGUGGAUUUAUUGUUGCCUAGAAAUGCAAAGCAGCUAAAGUUAGAGAUAAAAAAAGAUUCCAAGGGUGUUGUUACUGUUGAAAAUGCGACAGUUGUGAGCAUUUCCAGUAUUGAGGAACUGAGGGCUAUAAUUACAAGAGGUUCUGAGAGGAGGCACACUGCCGGAACGAAUAUGAAUGAUGAGAGUUCAAGGUCUCAUUUAAUUCUUUCAAUCAUUAUUGAAAGUACAAAUCUCCAAACUCAAUCAUAUGCAAGAGGCAAGCUAAGUUUUGUGGACCUUGCUGGUUCUGAGAGGGUGAAAAAAUCUGGUUCAGCAGGAAAGCAAUUGAAAGAAGCACAAAGUAUAAAUAAAUCUCUUUCUGCUUUGGCUGAUGUUAUUGGUGCUUUAUCUUCUGAUGGACAACAUAUACCUUACCGGAACCAUAAGUUAACAAUGCUUAUGAGUGAUUCUCUCGGAGGCAAUGCGAAGACCUUAAUGUUUGUGAAUGUUUCACCAGCAGAGUCUAACUUGGAGGAGACUUACAACUCGUUGAUGUAUGCUUCACGGGUUCGUUGCAUUGUUAAUGAUACGAGCAAGCAUGUUGCCCCAAAAGAAAUCAUGAGGUUGAAGAAGUUGAUCGCCUACUGGAAGGAGCAAGCAGGCAAGCGGAGUGAUGGGGACGAACUAGAGGAGAUACAGGAAGAGAGGAUCUCAAGAGAGAGAGCAGACAAUCGAUUGACUAGCUGA